AUGGUUGAAACCGAACCCUCUGCGGAGACCGGCAACGUUUUGAUAGCCUUGGCCGAAGGGGACGUCGACUGCAAGGGCUCUGCCCUUUGCGAAAGACUCGGUUCUAGCUGUGACGAUGCUUAUCGCAAGGUUAUUCCCAGCAACACCUACAGCACUUACCUCGACUCUUCCAAUACUGGAACUUGUAGUGAUACCUGCGGCCUUUUUGUCAGCGGCAACCACUGUGAAGUUAUGGGGCAGCAUUUGAUGGACGCCUACAAUGACAUUUGCAACCGAGGCCAUUGCAGCCAUUGCGGACGCAAGCAAAUUGCCAACGGCUGUACGAUCAAGAUUGACCGGAUGACGGGUUGCUAA